UUGCGAUUUGUCAACAAAUCAUGCGUGCGGUGAAAUUCAUGAACUUGUAAAUAUUUGAUUCUUGUUUGCGAAAAUAGGAAGAAGAGAAGAAUUUUCAAUUUAAUGAACAAUUCAAACAGAAAAUAACCAUACACACAUGUUGGAUGUUGGUACCGCAGUAGUGACUAGCGAGGGGUUGUCGAAGUAAGUGGCUCAUGUUGUCCUAAAGAAUAAACUUAUUAACAGACUUAGCUAACCAUAAUUACUCGUUAUUUAUUGAAUAUUCAAAAUGGAUCAUACGAAACCGGGACCGUUCGCUGACAAAAUGGAUUUAGAGAAUGAAUUGACCAAUAAGUUUCUUAGCGGGGAGAUGUCGUUCGCGGAGUACUCGAGCGAGUGGUACGAGCACGACGACGAGGAGGAGGCGGGGGCGCGCAGCCCGGAGCAGCCGGCGCAGGCGGCGGGCCGCGCGCUCGUGCGCCGCCGCAAGGGCACGCGCCUCACCCCCGCGCUGCUCGGCCUCAUGGGCGAGGCCAACCUGCGCUUCGUGCGCGGCGACAAAGAGACAGCUGAAAAGAUGUGCCAUGAGAUCAUCAAACAGGUCCCUAAUGCGCCUGAACCCUACCAGACGCUGGCACAGAUAUAUGAGAAUGAUCCGGACAAGUCUAUGCAGUUUUCAUUACUGGCCGCCCACUUGAGCCCGUCUGACGCCACUGAGUGGCUUAGACUGGCAGCUCUGUCUAAACAGCGGAAUGACGUGAAACAGGAGAUGCUCUGCUACACUCAGGCUAUAAAAGCUGAUCCUCACAAUCUGGCUAAUCAUAUGAAAAGAUUGGAAUUAUUCAUCUCUCUUGAAGAAGCAAAGUAUCCUGUACAUACUCUCUGCUUGUCUCGUGUCAAAUGCUACCACAAAAUUGCAACAUCCAUGCCCCCCACUGAAGGAGAAACUAUCAUGAAAUAUGCCAAGAUGGCUGCCACUCUGUAUCACAACAACAACGAGUUGGAGAAUGCUCUAGUAGUCAUGACGGCAGCAUACAACAAGUGUGCUAAUCUCUUCUCCAUGGAGGACACUAACAUUUUCCUAGAGCUUCUCAUUUCCCAGAAGCAAUACCAGACUUGCAUAGAAGUGUUUGUUGCAAAUGCAGGAGUUGAGAUAGAAGCAGAAAUACAAACCAUAGAGAAUGCUUAUCACAUGCUUGAGGAGCAAACAAACUAUUUGAAUUGCACUUUACCAAACAGUCUGCCUAUUGAUUUGAAAAGCAAGUUACUUGUGUGCUUCAUCCAUCUCGGAGCCACUAAUCUUGUGGAGACAUUGCUUGCAGACUUCCUGACCAACAAUGUGGAGAAAGCUGGCGAUUUGUACAUGGACAUAGAAGAAGCUCUGUCUUCUGUUGGACUUCACCACCUGGCUCUCAAACUUCUGGAACCUCUUGUUCAGAACCCCAGCUUUGAUCUUGGGGCAGUGUGGCUCAAACACGCCGAGUGUUUGUACAAUUUGGGAAGACAAAAUGAGGCAAUAGAUUCUUACUAUAAAGUGUUGCAGCACGCGCCGCAGCACGCUGAGGCGCGCCGGCGCGUGUUCGUCAUCCUGGAGAGCCAGGGCCGCGUCGACGAGGCCCUGGACAUCCUGCAGCAGGACUACAAGUACGUCGUCAGCGCCAGUCUGCUUUACGAGCAUUGCUGCGCCCUCAAAAAGUACGGUCGGAUGCUCAAAUACCUACAAAACUGUAGCUUGUUCCCCGUGAUGCGCCUUCUACUUCCAGCGCUGGACCGCGAGCGAGGCGCCUACCACCUCAAGGAAACCUCUUUAGGAUCCACUCUAGUCAGAGUGCUGGCUCUGCCGCCAACUUCCGCUGAUGCGCUACGCCUGACGAGCUACCGCUCCGUCGGCAACGCACAGGACAGCGAUCUCGCCGGCGUGGCUUACUUCGUUCUGAAGAACCGCUUUGCGCGCCAGCCCGGCUCGCUCACCGUGAAGGACGCCAACGAGGUGCUGGACAAGAUCGCUAACGCUCAGGUCGGGGGGAAGGCGAGAGUACUGGACGAGGCCUUUGGCACAGUGUUCCGUCAACUGAGCGCCGACCAACUGAAGUGGUUCCUACGUAUAGUGCUGAAGGACCUACGCCUUCGGAUAGGCCACGCGAGGAUCCUCGCCGCCAUGCACCCUGACGCGCCAGAGUACUAUGACUCUUGUAGCAACCUGCUUAAGACCUGUUCGGAGCUGGAGCCAGGCUCGGCGCGUCCUCUAGAGCUCGGCGUGCAAGUUUUCUGCGCCGUCAGCCCCAUGUUGUCAGAGCGCCUCGACGUGACGCGCGUGUUGCGGUUACCACCUGCAUCUUACAUUGUGGAGGAUAAGUUCGAUGGCGAGCGGUUUCAGAUCCACAUGCAAGACGGCGUGUUCGAGUACUUCUCCCGCAAGGGCCACUCGUACGGCCAACACUACGGCACCGGCGACGACAGCGGCCUGCUCACUCCUCAACUACGCGCCGGGCUCGCGCCGGGAGUUACAAGUGUGGUGCUGGACGGCGAGAUGAUGGGCUGGCACAAGCAGCGCCAGCUCUUCGGGAGCAAAGGCAUGUCCUUCGACGUGAAGAAGAUAACCGUAAACUCCGCCUUCCAACCGUGCUUCUGCGCCUUCGACGUGCUCCACUACAACGGGCGGAACCUAGCGGGCCCGGGCCCGGCCGACGCAGGCGGGGCUCCUCUACGGGAACGACUGGCUAUACUGGACUCCAUCAUAACAGACGUGCCAGGAGUGUUGCUGCGGAGCAAGCGCCGACCAGUCACUGACCUUUCGGAGAUCCUGGAGGCGCUAAACAGAGCGAUCGAAGACCAAGAAGAAGGUAUCGUGGUGAAAGACCUGGAUUCAUACUACCUGGCCAACCGCCGCAAUGCCGGCUGGUAUAAGGUCAAACCUGAGUACACGGAAGGCACGAUGGUCGAACUGGAUCUAGUGGUGGUCGGCGCAGAGGAAGCGAGCGACAAGCGCCGCGGCCGCGCGCGCAGCUUCCACGUGGCCUGCGCGGACGGCGCGCCUGGGUGCCCCCACCGCUGGGUGGUGGUGGGUCGCGUGGCCACGGGGCUCACGUUCGAGCAGCGGGAGACGUUGUGUGCGACGCUGGAGCGCCACUGGGUGUCGAGGAGACACGCGCCGCCGCCCGCCUGCCUCGUCUUCAACAAGGAGAAACCCGACUUCUGGGUCAUGCCAGAACAUUCCAUCAUUUUACAAGUGCGCGCCACAGAGCUAAUCCGCAGCACGGACUUCGGCACGUCACACACGCUACGAUUCCCGCGCGUCACCGCCGUGCGCGACGAUAAGCCCACCACGGACGCCAUGCCGCUCGUCGAGUUCAACGCACUGGUCAAGGACGGGUCGGUGGUGAAGCUCAGCAAGCGGCCGGUGGCCGAGGAGGCACUGGAGACCGGCGCCGCCGCGCCGCGCCGCAAGCGCACGGCGCGCGCGCUGGAGGUUCCCGCGCAGUUCCGCACGCAACCUAUACAGGACGUCGAGGUGGUGUCGGCGGCGUUGAGAGGGCGCGAGAUCUGCGUGGUGUCGGGCGACGAGGCCAGCAGUAAGGCCGACCUCGUGCGUAUGGUGCGGUCUCAUGGCGGCCGACACGUCGAGAACGUAGGUCCUUCGACAUGGUGCUGCGUGGCGGGCCGGAGGGUGUUCCGCGCGCACUCCGCGCAGGCGCGCGACGUCGACAUAGCCUCCGCCGCCUGGCUCCGCUCGCUUCAACCGUCAGAUGUUCCCGCGGAGCUGACGCCGCUGGACUUGCUGACGGCCAGCAGGAGCACGAAGCUCAACAUGUGCCACCGAUAUGACCGCUUCGGGGAUAGUUACGUGGACGCCACCGAUGAGGAGACGCUGCGCCGGUGCUUCAUGAAAGUGGACGAGGUGAGUGAUGAGGACAUCAUCAGACACUCCUGUAGCCAUUACACUUGCUGA